UCCAGUGUUGUUUUCUGGCAAACCCGGGAACCAGCUCACUUCUCUUCCCCUCUGUUUCAUGCCUUCAUUACGUUCCUUCUUCUCUCCCCCAUUCUUUUACCCCGUCAGGUCUCUCUUUCGUCUUGAAUUUUCUCUCACAACCCCUAAAACUUUCGCGUUCAAGCCCAUCCUCUUGCCUACACAUAAUCGCUGUCGCAGCAUGUCGUCACGACCUUCUGCCUUCGAUGCUCUCAUGUCAGGGGCUCGUGCCGCCGCCAAGAAGAAGCCCCAAUCAUCGUCUCCCCAGAAACGGAAAACACCGGAUUCUAAUUCAAGUCAAAACCCUAAACUCCUCAAGAACACGGAAAGUACAGGUCAGUCUUUGGAACCCAGUAAUGAUACUAAAUGCGCUGAAAUUAAAGCUUCCGAGAAGGCACAAGAGCCGACGAAAGAAGACUUAAGCAAUGGUGGGCUGACGGGGCCAGAGGAUGCACUUGCGGCGAAGAGAAUGCGCGUUGUAGGUUCCCAGGAGAAGAUUACAGAACUGAAGAAAAAAGUUUCUCUUUUGAAGAAGAAGCCUGCAGAUUUUGACCCCAGUUCGAUAUCUUGUUGGGACAAGGGUGAACCUGUGCCUUUUCUGUUUCUCAGUUUGGCAUUUGAUAUGAUUUCGGAAGAAACAGGACGGAUUGUGAUGACAGAUAUAGUAUGCAAUAUGCUGAGGACUGUCAUGAACACUACACCCGAGGAUCUGGUGGCUGUUGUUUAUCUUUCCGCAAAUAAGUUUGCUCCGGCACAUGAAGGGCUGGAAUUGGGAAUAGGGGAUGCUUCAAUUAUUAAGGCGCUUGCAGAGGCAUGCGGAAGAACUGAGGCGCAGAUAAAAAAUCAGUAUAAGGAAAAAGGUGAUUUGGGCCUUGUUGCCAAAGCAAGCCGCUCAUCUCAAUCAAUGAUGUGGAAGCCUGAUCCAUUAACUAUUAGGAAGGUUUUUAACACCUUUCGUCUCAUUGCCAAGGAAUCUGGUAAAGACAGCCAAGAGAAGAAAAAGAAUCACAUCAAGGGACUUCUUGUUGCUGCAACUGAUUGUGAACCUCAAUAUCUAAUUCGUCUGCUUCAGUCAAAGUUGCGGAUUGGGUAUGCUGAGCAAACUCUCUUAGCUGCAUUGGGCCAGGCUGCAGUAUACACGGAAGGACAUUCUGUACCACCUCCUGAAAUUCAAUCUCCUUUAGAAGAGGCUGCAAAGAUUGUUAAACAGGUGUAUUCUGUUCUUCCUGUGUAUGACAAAAUAAUUCCUGCAUUGCUUAGUGGUGGUGUAUGGAAACUUCCAGAGACGUGUAACUUUACUCUUGGUGUUCCAGUUGGACCUAUGUUGUCUAAAGCAACUAAGGGUGUAUCUGAAAUCUUAAACAAAUUCCAGGAUGUAGAGUUUACGUGUGAGUACAAAUAUGAUGGAGAACGUGCCCAGGUACAUUACAUGGAUAAUGGAUCCGUUGAGAUUUACAGUAGAAAUGCUGAACGGAACACUGGAAAGUUUCCUGAUGUUGUUGCUGCUAUUUCAAGGCUAAAGAAAUCAUCUGUGUCAUCAUUUGUUCUUGAUUGUGAACUUGUUGCAUAUGAACGAGAAAAAAAGAAAAUCCUUCCUUUCCAGGUUCUCAGUACUCGAGCCCGGAAAAAUGUUUCUAUGAGUGAUAUAAAAGUUGAUGUAUGCGUAUUUGCCUUUGAUAUCUUGUAUCUCAAUGGCAAGCCACUACUUCAAGAAACCCUAAAAACCCGAAGAGAGCAUCUCUAUGCCUCUUUCGAGGAAGAACCUGGAUUUCUUCAGUUUGCAACAGCAAUAACAUCAAAUGAUAUUGAGGAAAUACAAACAUUUCUUGAUGCAGCAGUUGAGGCUAGUUGUGAGGGUUUAAUUAUCAAAACUCUAUAUCAAGAUGCUACGUAUGAACCUUCCAAGCGGUCACUCAACUGGCUAAAACUGAAGAAAGAUUAUCUUGACAAUAUAGGAGACUCGCUAGAUUUGGUACCUAUUGCUGCUUUUCAUGGUCGUGGGAAACGUACAGGGGUCUAUGGAGCUUUUCUCCUUGCUUGUUAUGACAGCAAUAAUGAAGAAUUUCAAAGCAUUUGUAAAAUAGGCACGGGAUUCUCAGAGGCAGUUCUUGAAGAACGUUCUGCUAGUCUUCGUUCUAAAGUGAUUCCCAAACCAAAGCCUUAUUAUCGAUAUGGAGAGACAAUCAAUCCUGAUGUAUGGUUUGAAGCCUCGGAGGUGUGGGAGGUGAAAGCAGCAGACUUGACCAUUAGCCCUGUUCAUCGUGCUGCAGCAGGCAUAGUAGAUUCGGAUAAGGGCAUUUCUCUUCGGUUCCCUCGUCUAGUUCGAGUUCGGGAUGACAAAGCUUCUGAACAAGCCUCAUCAUCUGAGAUGGUUGCUGAAAUGUAUUCUGCCCAAAAGCAUAAUCACCCAAACAACCAGGAUGAUGAAGAUGAUUGAGAGAAGUUUUCUUGUUCCUCACAAACGAGAUGGCGUUCAUUAAAACAUCAACAUCUGAUAUGCAAAUGCAAAUUUUUUUGCCCUUCAAGCAUCGGGCAGGGGGCAAAAUUGCACAUCUAACAUGGAGUAAGAUCACGGAGGCUUCGAGCCUCAGUGUAUACAUUAGGCAUGAUGCGAUAUGGGUUUUGUAAUUUGUCAUCAUUUACUUGCUAUCUAAUUUCGAAUAUCUAAUUGUAGAACAUGUAAAUCAUCCGUCAGAUUGUAGAUACUUUUAUCUCAUUUGUCAGGAGCCAUGUGCAAGUAGUUUCGAUUGUCCAGAAAAUAAUAGAUGCCCAUCGUGUUCCUUCAA